UCAUCUUGCCUCGAUCUUACUCAGGUCAAUACUUCAGCACACCUGUGAUGGUCUGUCUUUUACCUCUCUUGCUGCAAUUCCCUGCUAAACGCUUCUAAUCGUCUCCCAUGUAUCUCUGCUGUUUUUCUAUAACCGUUCUUAUGCUCUGGUCGUCCUUGCUACAUGCAGGCAUCACUCCACUUCUGCUCAGAGUGCAAUAAUUUGCUUUACCCCAAGGCUGACACGGGGCGUCGCAUUAUGGUUUACGCCUGCAGAAUAUGUAGGGAAGAGGAGAUCGGCGAGAACAAGUGUGUUUAUAGGAAUGAUUUACUAACUGUCACCAAGGAACAAGUAGGAAUCACUACAGACCUCGGAUCAGAUCCCACAUUGGCACACUCAAAUAUUACAUGUCCGCAUUGUGGCCAAGACGACGCCGUUUUCUACCAGGAUCAGUCGAAACGAAAAGAGACCCGUAUGAUUCUGUUCUUCGUGUGUACCAAGUGCAACCACAGUUUCACGGAUCCUUCGCUCCCGCAAGAUAAUCGACCUGAUACUUGACUGUUAUCAGUGACAUCCAUUUCGCGAUUCGUAAUUUACCUCUUACCUCCAUUCAUAAUUGGUUCCUUUCUAGCAUUACACACCGAGCAUCGUGACGCUAUAACAUAGGCCCAGGGGCCUAGUCCUCUGCAAAUCAAAUGUCGUACUGCCCCCAU